AUGGCAUCGCCCUUCUCCACCACCGCCUCGGCCUCGUCCGCAGCGCUCAUCCUCUGCGACUUCCAGGCUGGCAUCAUCGGCUCGGUUCUCGGCGAGGGCGAGCACGAAGCCGUGGCCAACGGGGCUAAGCUGCUGGCCAAGGCCCGCGCCGUCGGCAUGCCGGUCUUCUACGUCGUCGUCCGCUUCCGCGAGGGCCACCCGGAAGUCGCCGCCUCCAACAAGAUGUUCUCUGGCCUCGCCGCGCCCAAGGCCGACGGCUCGCCCAACACCUUCCUUGUCGAGUCGGACCCGUCGGCGGGCAUUGUCGACGCCGUCGCCCCGCUCCCAUCCGAGCCCGUUGUCGUCAAGCGCCGCGUCGGCGCCUUCUCCACCACAGACUUGCGGACCCUGCUCUCUGCAGCCGGCGUCGACUCGCUUGUCCUAGCCGGCUUCUCCACCUCGGGCGUCAUUCUCUCCACCGUCCGCGCUGCCGCCGACAUGGACUAUCGCAUCGUCGUCGCUGCCGACGCCUGCGGCGACCGCUCCGACACCGUCCACUCGGUCCUCUGUGACUCGGUCUUUGCACGUCAGGCCGACGUCGGCGUCACCGACGACGUCAUCGCCUGGAUGGACUCGCGCGCCGAGUAAUCGUUCGUUUACACCACAGAAACACACGUACCAAAGCCC